ACAUUCUACUUUCCUUCGUUUUUAAGCUGUUGUCAAAACAAACAAAAAAAAACUAAACUGAACAAAAAAAGCUGUUGUCAAUUGCAUUUACCCAAUUGGGUUUUUCCUCUGGUACUAAAAUUUAACCAGAAUUUUACAGAUUUAGGUGAUGCAUUUAAAUUCGGCCACUUGGGUUUUUGAAAUUCAGUUUUUACUUGUAUUUUUUUCAAUUUGUAAACUGUGGCUUUUGUGGUACAGCUUUUAAUUGACCGUUAAGCAAAAUUAAUUGAGAUUUGUACUACGCAUUUCAAUUCCAUCAAAUUUUCCGCUUUCCAAAACUGGGUUUCUGAAAUUCUUGUGCAUAUACCCAUCUCUUUUGCAGAGGAAUAGCAGCUUUGAGAGAAAGCAGAAAAACACUACACCCUCGUAGAAUAGGGCUGAGGCUGCUGCGUCUUUGUCGCUCGUGCGCUGUAAAAUCUCUCCCUUGAAACCCACAAAACCUCUAGGCCUCAAACGAGUGUCAGUACCCUCCCCAUCACUGAUCUAAACCAGAAGUUUGUGUUGGUUGGUUGUUGGAGUUUUUAAUUUCGGUUUCACACGACUCAUCUACCUUUCCUUGUACCGCCAUCUUCUCUCUCUCUCUCUCUCUACAAUGUCAACCCUACAAAAUAUCACUGGCUCGGUACAAAGGAUUUCAAGGGGUUCUAACUUCUGGGUCUGCCUUGUAUUGACGUGUUAGUAACAUAGAAAAUAUAUAAAGGUUGACCCAAAAAUAUAUAUAUGUAUAAAGAUUGGCAUUGGAGGGGUAUUCAGAGACCACAAUAAUAGGGAGGCCGGUGAUACUGUUGGGAUUCUGUUGAUGCUUCACAUUGAUCUCGAGUGGCAUUGCACAUGUGGACUAGUUCAGCUCUUCUUUUUAAACAUAGUUUAAGUGAGUGAAACCCGGUCCGUGCCUUGAGGCCUUUGGUGGGUAUACAAGAGGUUCGUGGUUUUGCUUUGGUUUUUGCCGGAGGAACGAAAGAGGGGUUGAAUGCGGAACUCUGGUAUCGAAACUUUCGUUUAGACAUGCCGGGUUCUGAUGAAGGAGACGAAGUUUUCUUCGAUUCGGCGGAAAAUUUGUCAUCUGAAGAGUCUGUGGUUGUGAAAGAGGAUUUGUUUUGUGGUAAUGUGGGUUAUGAGAUUUGGUUGAAGGAGCCAAAGAGCGUUAAGGAAAGACGAGCUGGUUUUCUACGCGAAAUGGGUUUUUUUAAUGGAAAGGAGUCAGAAGUGAUGGGAGUGGAAAGGAUUGCAGAAUGCAGUGGAGCUGUCUCUAGUUGUUGUGUAUCGUCAGUUGAUGGUGAAGAGGAGCAAUUGGAAUGUAGUAGUAGGGAAUUGAACGGCGAAGCCAACUGUGCUUCUGAUGAAUUAGAGCAGGAACAGAUCAACAACCCCAAUUUAGAUUUUGAAAAGGAAAAUGAUUCAGAUUUACUUCAUUCUCCUCUUAAAGACCAAAAGAAGUUCGAUAUGGAUAAAAUGAAGUUUAGGAGUUGGUGGAAACAGUUCAUGGCCAAGAGGAAGGUAACUAAGGUGUCUAAGCCAAUUGCUGAAACACCAAAGGUGAACAGAAUGAAGGUCAGGCAGAACAAGAAGAGAUGUAAGGAGUUAAGUGCAGUUUACCUUGGACAAGAGAUCCGGGCUCACGAAGGCCUUAUUUGGUCUAUGAAAUUUAGUCCAGAUGGCCAUUAUUUAGCAAGCGGUGGUCAAGAUGGGGUUAUUCGCAUUUGGCGUGUUAAGCAGUCCGAUGCCCAUUUCAAAGGUUUAAAUGAUGAAGGCAAGCACAGUUUGGGAAGGAAAAAGGCGAGUCCUCUAUCUGUUGUGAUUCCUGAUAAGGUCUUUCGGAUUGAGGAGUUGCCAUUGCAAGAGUUUUAUGGGCAUACAAGUGAUGUCUUGGAUCUAGCUUGGUCCAAAUCUAAUGUUGGCUGUUUGUUGCAGUGUCUUCUUUCCUCAUCGAAGGAUAAAACUGUCCGUCUUUGGCAAUUGGGCUGCGAUGAAUGUCUUGGUGUUUUCCAACACAUUGACUAUGUGACAUGCAUUCAGUUCAAUCCUGCUGGUGAAAAUUACUUCAUCACUGGAUGCAUAGAUGGGAAAGUUAGAAUUUGGGGAGUGUCCGAGGAACGAGUUGUUGACUGGGCUGAUGUGCGAGAUGUAGUGACUGCCAUAUCUUACCACCCGGAUGGCAAUGGUUUCAUAGUGGGUUCCAUAACGGGCACCUGUCGCUUCUAUGGAGUAUCAGAUAACAAUCUCCAGUUAAAUGCACUGAUUAGUUUCCGGGGUAGAAAGAAAUCCUCCUGCAACAAAAUCACCGGCAUUCAGUUUACCCAUGAAGAUUCUCAGAGAGUAAUGAUAACAUCGGAAGAUUCAAAAGUUCGUAUACUCGAUGGUGUUGAUAUUGUCCACAAAUAUAAAGGCCUUGCAAAGUCAGGAAGUCAAAUGUCGGCUUCAUUUACUUCAACCGGAAAGCACAUAAUAUCCGUUGGGAAGGACUCUCGAGUGUAUAUUUGGAACUACGAUGACCCUUGUAUCUCAUCAUCGAAACAAAGAAAUUAUAUCCGCUCAUGCGAGCACUUCUUAUUAGAAGGCAUCUCACUAGCAGUGCCUUGGUCAAGCCCAAAAUUAAAGUACAAGGGUUUGGAUACAGACCCGAUGCAAAACCACCGGGACGCUUCCUCAUGGAGGAGAGACUCUUGGCGGUUCUCUCUCUCCAAUUGGUUCACCUCCAUCGAUGGCUCGUUCAGAAGCAAUGCGACGUGGCCGGAGGAGAAACUCCCUUUGUGGGACCUACCCGUUGAAGAGUAUGAUCAUGUGCAGCUUGGGAAUGGCGAUGUUGAAGCUCUACCGGGAGCAUGGGGCCUUGUGAUAGUCACAGCAGGUUUGGAUGGAAUGAUCAGGACAUUCCACAAUUACGGCUUGCCGUUUAGGAUUUAGUAUUUCCAAUAGAUGGAAUUUAGAGCUAACCCAUACGCAAUUCGCUCGUGUUCUUUAGGCCUUGAUGAUGUUCUGUCGUUAUUCAUGUUUUGUAAUAUGUACAUCCCAAGCACAUACAUUUGUAACAGUAGGUAGAGUUUUUUUGUUUGGGUUUGGGAUUUACCAUGUUCAUGUAGCCUAGGGAUCUUAAUCAACUUGUUUUCUUGUUCAUGAAUUUGUAUGAUAGAGGACUAUUGGAAAUGCAAAAUGUCACAAGAAAUUGCAAUUGUUGAUUUAAUUAAUUAAUGUUAUUGGCUCCUA